GUCGUCAAAAAGCAAGUCGUGUUCAAGAAAUCAAUAAGUAACUCGUCGCUCCUCCCUAGGCCGGGGACACAGAGCAAGAAAAUUUAUCUGUUUACAGAGUCUCUCGUCUUUCAUCUCUCUCCUCUACUCAACAAACUUAGCGAGAAAUAAAUUCUCAUCUACAUCAUUCGAAUCUCUGUUGUCUGCUAAACGCAAAACAUCAUGCUACAUGUCUUUCUCUCUGCUCGGAACCGCAAACUGCCGACGUUUUAUUUCCUCUUGCUUCUUGGAAGUUUUUUCUUCUACAACCCUGCUAGUACUGCCGCCAACGCUGAGAUCAUCCACACUGUACACACCGCGACGCAGCACAUCACCGGCGCGAAACCACUGCAGUUUUUGUCGCAGCGACGCGGAGCGGUGGAGCGGGUGGUAAUUCUCGUGGUCCUUUACAACCUGUAAAAGACCGGCACAGAUGAUUGUUUGCAAGAAUGAAUUUCGAAAAGUUUUCCGAUUUCACAUUCACCGCAGGUAGAGAAGUUUAUCCGUGAUACGUACGGCGUAAGUGGUGCGACUGGAGGGUCUGCGGAAGAAAGCGCAUCAGGAAUAAACGAGGAAGUACCUCCAAAUCAAGAGGAAAGUGCAAAUGCGGUCGACACGCUGCUGCAGCAGGCACCAUCCCCGGAGACGAUGCGAUCGGUAGUUGAAUUCUUUUUUGGGGGUUCUUACAUCUGACUCUGAGGCUCACAGUCAAUACUGACCCUUCCGUACUACACAGGCACGCAAUUCUUGAUCCUCAAGGGGGCACAGCGACGGUGACUUUGCCUCGCGUCAAAAGGACCGUACUCGAUUCGAAAUCUUUCUGACAGGCGCUUCUGUACUCGGUUGUGAUCUACCUGGGCCUGCUGACCGUGAUGAGUAUCCUGUAUUUUUCUUCCUCACAAGGGGUGGAUGACACAGACUUCAUCGUAUAUCAAAAAGAGAAACCCCUUCCCCAUAUUGAAAAGGAAAUUUCUGUUGCUGGAUUUGUGUACACAGACUAGCUCUGUCUUGCAGUGAGGUACCACUGCAGGCAAAGCCUCAGCCUGCGUAGGGGUGUUUUGGUGUAGGUGCUUAGCAUAGCAGAGGCCUGCCGUAUAGGCGCAACAGCAUGACAAACCGCCUCCAUAAGGCGUCGCACUCUUUGGAUUUGUCCUCUUGCAAGAGAGACAGGAUUGGUGGCCACAAACCAGCAUCACAAAUUUUUAGAAGCGUACCCCUUUAGUAUGGAGAGGGGGGAUUUUUCCUCACAAUAUCGCACCAGGCGGGUUCAGCGACGAGAUUUACGACUGCUUUGCACAACCCAAUGUCUGCGUGGCAAGCUUCGUAUAAAUAUCUUUUGCGGUUCAGUUAUUUUUCACAGAUGAACACAGCCAGACGUUGUAAAACAGCGUAAGUAAGUUAUAAGACAGAUUGAUGAUGGCGCAAUGUGAUUGUCAUGCUCAUGCUUUCGCUUUGCAUGACGUUCGUCGCAGAUAAUACCCACUACAAAAAAAGUGCUGUCCGUUCGCGCGCUGGAGUGAUACCGUGAGCCAAGCAGAUUUGCUGCCCUUCAACGUCGGGCUGGCACUGUGGAUUCUGGCAGGACUGAUCGACUUGGCAUGGUUCUUUCCCGCAGGUGAGUACGCUCGAGUACUUUUGGAUUUAUUGAAAGAACACAUUUUUGCCUGGAGACUCGCAUGGUAAAGAUUUUUGUAGAUACGAGAACUUCUCGUUCUGCUUCAACAAAGUACUUUCUUAUUGUCAAAAAAGGUUUUCUCAUCCUGGUCGUCCUGGGUUCCUAUCACCGGAUGCGACUGCGACGGGUCUACAAGUUGCCCACGCAAAACGUUUCGGACGUGUUGUCCUACCUUUUCUGCAUGCCCUGCGCGAUCGCGCAGGAGGCAAGACACGCGGAGAGGGUGCGCUCCAUCGCGGAGGCGGUGCAGAACGGGCCGAGGACGCACUUCAACAAUGUUUCGAAACCGCGAAUGCAGCAGCCAGCCGACGCGAUUCCGAAGCAGCGCUAGAAGUAGACGUGGUGGUCGUCGUGGGCUGCUUUAUUCUCUUUCAGAAUGGGACGGACCAAGACACUGCGAGAACUACAAAAGGUCCACUGCAGAGAAAAUCCAUUCCCGCCGUUGUAAAUGAACCACAAGGAAGUGAUCAACGAGCAUAGAUCAGGAUGCCGCGUUGACGCAGACUCGAUGCGUGAGGGGAUGUGAGAGCCGCCGCCCGCAUACGGAUUCGUAAGUAGUACCCGUAGAGCAGGGAUAACAGAAAAUGCAACCGCUUCAUGAAAGCACGUAUAGGUGUGUUUUUGAAUGUACAUAGAAGACGAGAUUAUAUAUCUAUGAUAACACGGGCCAUGUACAACUACACACAAUAAACGAACCACCUAUAUUUUUUUGCUUUUUCUGUUUUUGCGUUGUUUGCGGCUUUUUUGUAAAUGGCAGUCUUGAGAAGUACUGACUGCGCGACCUGUGCGCAUAUCGAUGAACAUAACAUGUCGAAGAAUCUUCCUUCGCUAUCUGCGCACCCUCGUGCAGGACGCUGUCUAAUAAAUCAAUAGCCACACCAUGAUCUUCGUUUUCUGAUGAUUCCUUUGAUACUAACAGAAGGCCACGCGGCACUCUGAGUGUCACAACGCGGUAGUUAGCGAUUCGUAGCAGGAAAAAGAAACACAUGAACUUGGCAUUUUUCUCAACACUUCACGACAACUUCUGUCACUACAACUGCUGCUCUACUGGAAAAAAGUCGAGCGAACGCGGCCGCCUGCACUGUAAGGACAGUUGCGCGCGGCGUUCUUUGGACACCUUUCCUAGAAGGCAGGAGCAAUUUCAUCCAAUCCUCAACACUUCUGCUGUGCUGAAGCUGCUGUGUCUGAGAACACGCGCGAGGGAC